AAGCACCUCCUAGUUAGCUAGCUUCCCUUCACGCCACCGCAGACUGACCUACGCUCCCAAGAUGGCCGGUGUACGAGCUGUUGGUGUUCUCUCCAGACUCACAUUAAGGAGAUAUAACGUUUUUACAGGCCCAUCUUAUCGCUCCUUCUCAGUAUCUCCUGCCAUGCUAGCCCGAACACAUGUGAACUAUGAAGUCAAGGGAGACGUCGCUGUUGUACGGAUUAAUGACCCAAACUCAAAGGUCAACACACUGUCUAUUCAAAUGCAAAAAGAGAUGACAGAGGUCAUGAAUGAAGUGUGGGAAAACAAUGCCAUUAACAGUGCUGUUCUUAUCUCAUCAAAGCCGGGAUGUUUCAUUGCAGGAGCUGAUAUCAAUAUGAUCCAGGGCUGCAAAACCCCAGAAGAGGUUACCAAACUUUCUCAGGAAGGACAGAAAAUGUUUGAGCAGAUUGAAAAAUCUCCAAAGCCCAUUGUCGCUGCCAUCAAUGGUUCUUGCUUAGGAGGCGGCUUAGAGUUUGCUAUUGCCUGCCAGUACAGAGUUGCAACAAAGAGCAACAAAACAGUUCUCGGGACUCCAGAGGUGAUGCUGGGUCUUCUACCUGGAGCUGGUGGUACGCAAAGACUCCCCAAAAUGGUUGGCCUCCCCUCUGCUUUUGACAUGAUGCUGACAGGACGAAAUAUCCGAGCAGAUAAAGCCAAAAAGAUGAGGCUUGUUGACCAACUUGUAGAUCCUCUAGGACCAGGACUGAAGAGUCCAGAGGAAAGAACAAUAGAAUACCUUGAGGAAGUUGCCAUUGAGUGUGCCAAAGGGAUUGCCAACAAAAAGAUUUCUCUUCGCAAAGAAAAGGGUACAAUGCAGAAGAUUCAAGACUAUGUUAUGAGCUUCCCCUUUGUCCGGAAUCAGAUUUACAAAACGGUCCAAGGCAAAGUUAUGAAGCAAAGCAAAGGACUUUAUCCAGCACCCCUGAAAAUCAUCGAAUGUGUGAAAACUGGAGUUGAACAAGGACCUGUUGCUGGAUACUUAGCGGAGUCUCAGAAUUUUGGUCAGUUGGCUAAAACUUCAGAAUCGGCAGCCCUGAUUGGUCUGUACCAUGGUCAGGUUGCAUGCAAGAAGAAUCGCUUUGGAACCCCUGAAAGAGAAGUGAACACUCUUGCCAUCUUGGGAGCAGGUCUUAUGGGAGCAGGUAUUGCUCAAGUGAGCGUGGACAAAGGUGUGCAUACAAUCCUGAAAGACACCACAGUGGAAGGACUGGCAAGAGGCGAACAGCAGGUUUACAAAGGGCUCAAUGAUAAGACUAAAAAGAAGAGCAUUACAUCGUUUGAGAGAGACUCUAUACUGUCUAACCUGACUGGCCAGUUGGAGUACAAGGGUUUUGAAAAGGCCGACAUGGUUAUUGAAGCUGUGUUUGAAGACAUAAACAUCAAGCAUAAAGUUAUAAAGGAGGUGGAAGCUGUGAUCCCCCCUCACUGCAUAUUUGCCAGCAACACAUCUGCUCUGCCCAUAAAGGACAUCGCAGCUGCCAGCAAAAGACCAGAAAAGGUGAUUGGAAUGCACUACUUCUCUCCAGUGGACAAGAUGCAGCUCCUUGAGAUUAUAACCACGGAUAAGACAUCAAAGGACACCACUGCCUCCGCUGUGGCAGUUGGCCUGAAGCAAGGAAAAGUCAUCAUAGUUGUUGGGGAUGGACCCGGAUUCUACACAACAAGAUGCCUGGCUCCCAUGUUGGCUGAGGCAGUGCGAUUACUUCAGGAAGGUGUUGACCCCAAGAAACUGGAUGCACUCACCACAGGUUUUGGGUUCCCCGUGGGUUUGGCCACACUGGCUGAUGAAGUUGGCAUUGACGUUGCAGCCCAUGUGGCAGAGGACCUUGGGAAAGCUUUUGGCUCCCGCUUUGGUGGUGGAAAUGUGGAGGUUUUGAAGACUAUGGUGGACCUUGGAUUCAAGGGCCGCAAAUCAGGAAAGGGUUGCUACGUCUACCAGCCAGGAACUAAAGUCAGAGAUGUGAACCCGGAUAUUGGAGACAUUCUUGAGAAAUAUAAGUUGACACCAAACCCCUCUGUUUCAUCAGACUCUGAAGUGCAGUACAGACUUGUCUCUCGAUUUGUCAACGAAGCUGUGAUGUGUUUGCAAGAAGGUAUUUUGAACAACCCCUUGGAAGGAGACAUCGGAGCAGUGUUUGGUCUUGGAUUCCCCCCCUGCCUUGGAGGACCUUUCCGUUUCGUGGACAGCUUUGGUGCUGACAAACUGGUGAACAAGAUGAGGCAAUACGAGGCCGUCUACGGGAAUCACUUUGCACCAUGCCAGCUUCUACUGGACCAUGCAAAAGAUUCCAGCAAGAAAUUUCACAAGUGACCGAAUCACCAUGCUGUGCCAGUAGCUAAUAGUAAAAACUCCAGCCUGCCAUUUGAAUGUGCCUAACAUUUAUAUCGGUAUAGGGUGGGGAAACGCACUGAGUCUAAACCUUGACCUAACCUUAAGUAAUGCUGUUUAAGUCCUACAGUAAAUUCUGCCUUCAUGAAAUUUGUAAUGUUCUGUUUUUUAAUGUGUUUUAAAGUGGUGUAGAUCUAAUUUUGUGAUUAUUUGACAGGAUGCAGUCUGAGGUGUGUUGAAUUCUUUCCCACGGUGUGUGUGCACAAAAGCAUCCCAAAUUAUCAUAAAACGCAAUCAAUACCUCUUUAAAACUGUCAGAAAAACUGGAACAUUUCCAUCUUCAUGGAGAUCAGACUGCAUUGGUUUUUGUUAGGUCUAUCGAAUAAACUGGCAACGGAUGAUCUAAAAUUGAAGUUGUUUUUUUAUCAAAAAAAAUUGCAUAGGUGUGUUAGGGGCUAAUUAUUUACACAUUGCAUAUGUAAAAACACUGUAGAUGUAAAAUAAACGGCUCCAAAUGGUAACAAUGAAAUUCCUCUAUAAUGAAUGUCUACAAGUAUGUUUUAGCGAAUGCCUUUUAAUUCUUUUUUCUACGUGGAAGGUUUUCUGGUUUGGUCUGGACAAUGUGAUGUGAAAUAAAAGCUUGAAUGAAAUAAA